AUGCAAAGUAGUCCAGUCACUAGAGCAAAAAAGCCGAGAGGUACAUCUGGAGGUAGGAAGCCCUCAUUUCAACCUCCUAAAACCCAGAGAGCUGCCCAGAUCAGGGCUGCCCAGCAAACUUUCAGGGAGCGUAGGCAAAACAAGCUACAGGAACUGCAGGACAAGGAAAAACUCUUAGAGCUCGCGCUUAGAGAGAUCAGAAUAUUAAAGAAACGCGAGAGUGUCUUCCGGGCCAAGUUGAGAGGGCUUAUGACAGUGUCAGCGUUCCAGGAGUUCAAAAAAGGUAUAUUCGACAUUGAUGUCAGUGAAAUGAGGCCUGAAGAGAACGAGCCCGUCUUUGAGGUGCAACUGGAAAAGAUCUUAUAUGAACAAUUUUCCCGGGACUUAUACAUAAUAUGCGGAGGCCAAAAAUGCAAGAUGCCUGCUUUCUCCACUAGUGGGCCAACCGAGGGCACGCCGAGCCCCAACAAUAGCCUAUGCUACUCCAGCAUUUUCGAAAAUGAUCUGUUCAAUCAAAUCAAUGAACUAGAUGCCAUUUUUCAUGAUGACCUUUCUGAGCGCCUGGACUUGGAUUUUGGGCGGGCGGCUUCACCGCUCUUGAGCAAACUACCCGAAAGAGCGUCAAAUGUAGAUCUCAAAUUAACUGAAAUUUGGCAGCAUGUGAAAAGACAUCCAAGCUAUCCAAACUUGAACAUGAAGGAGUUUUCAAGGGUUUUGAGCACCCGAGCGACCUGCCAAAGAGGAGAUGUGAGUGUUAGUACUAGUGACUUGGACAAAUGCCUAGAUCGAAUCUGA